AUGAUAAGAAAAAACAUUUAUGUUAUUUUAAGGUAUAUAAUAAUAUUUUUAAUAAUGGAAGAUGAUAAUUCUAUUGAUAUUAUAAAAUGGAUUUUUAAAGAUGAUACAAAUUGUAAUUUUCAAGGUAAACUUGGUAUAAAAAUUGGUGAAGAUAUCAUUCCCUGUGAGGUUAAAUUAAAAGGUAAUUUAUUAGGAAUAAAAUCAUUAGAUAAACCAAUAGAACCAAUGUUAAUUGUUAUGGAACGUGUAUCUGUUGAGAAGAUUGAGGAAGAUGAACUUUCUUUUUGUCUUGUUUACUCAUCUGGAAGGUUAAAAUUUAUAGCAAAUUGUCCAAAGGAUGUUGAAGAUUGGAUUGUUGAAUUGGCUGUUUGUACACAUCAGAUGGCUCAAGCUGAGUGCGAUCAAAGUGCUUAUAAAUAUUUUAAUUUACCUUCUCCAAAUGAAUCAAAAGUAUUACAAAAUUAUGGUUCUUCUAAUCAAUUAAUAUUUCUUGCUAAUCCCUGUCGAAAAUGUCAUUCUUUUGCUAUAUCACAGACACGACACCUACCUGCCAGGAAGAUUGUCGUUGAAGAAAUUAUGUAUGAAUCAAAAUUAUGUUUUAUCAUGGCAACAGAAUUAUUAAAUUUAUUUAAAAAAUGGAAUUUUGAGGCAUUAGAAGAGAUGAAUUUACGUAUGAAAUAUUUUUCAAGUACAAUAAUGCAAGAAUCUGUAAGGAAUGCUGUAAGAUAUAUGAAUGAAAAUGAUGAAUCAUAUGCUCGUGUAAUAGAAUCAAUAUCAAUAUAUAGUAAAGGGUUUUUUAAAACAUCACUUGAUAAAAAUAGAAUAGAUUUAGCAGCAGCUCCCGUCAAUUUACAUGUUCAAUAUUUUAUUGUUGAAAAUGAAAGUACUGGAUUUUAUAUAACACAUGGUGCACCAACAGCUUAUCCAUUAAAAUAUGACAAGGGUGGUUUAAGUAGGAUAAAAAAUAAUUUUGCUGAAAUGUUAGGUUCCCCAAUUUCUAUUGAUCAUACAAUGGAGAAUCGUUAUUAUCGUCGAAAGAGAGAUUUGCUUAAAAUGAAAAAACAGAUAGGUGAGAUGUAUCAACAAAUUGAUACAAAAUGGGAUACUGAUACAUAUGAAAAUUCUGUUAAAGUUGCUGUUAAAAUAUUAGGAGAUAUAAAAAGAAUUCAUGAAUCGUUACUUGAUAUUAUAAAUUCAUUUCCUGAUUUACCUAGUCUAAUAGAUUCAUUAUUUGAAUUUGGUAAAAAACGUGAAAAUUUUUAUGGUAAAUCUAAUAAAUCAUUUAAUCAAAAAUCAAAUAAUCCAUUUUCAAUUGGUGAUACUUUAACAAAUCAACUUGAUAAUAUUGAUGCACAAAUUAUAUCACUUAAUACAAAAGUUGAUGCUAUGGAUAAAUUAAAAGAUACAGAAGAAAAUAAAAAAGUUUCAAAAGAGAUGACUAAAAGUUCAUUAAAUUCUUCAUUAGAUGUUUUAUUACAUCUAUCUCAAUCAAUUCUUCAAGCACAAUUAUAUUCAUUAUUGUAUGCUCUUAAUAAAGGAUCAAUAUCUCAGGCAUACUAUCAAUUACAAUUACGAAGUGAUUUUGUUUUUUCACAAGCAGUUACAAUUUUAGCAACAGCAAUAUUAACAAAAAUUGAAAGAUCCCAAACACCAGAUGAGAUAAGUUUUUGGGAUAUUUAUCCACCAAUAAUAACAUUUUUUGGAUUUCUUUCCUGUUAUGGUGAUGAAAAAGGAAUGAUGGAAGAUUUUAAAGAUGUUUGUAAUAGUUUAAAUGAAAAAGUUGUUUUUAAAUUUAUUUCACAUACCUCAUCUAUACAAUCAAAUGUUAUACCAAUUAUAUCUGGUGAUAGAGGUCAAAUGAUAAUAUCAUUAUCAAUGCCUGAUAUAUUAAUGGAAAAAUUACCUAUUAAUUUAAGGAAUGGUUCUUUAUUGAGACCAUGUGUUAUAUAUUGGAAUUUAGGUAUUAAUCAUGAGGCAUCAUUUAGUGGUUUAUGGUUUAAUAAUCAAAAUAAUUAUGAAGAGUAUAUUAAUUUAUCUGCUUUUCAAAGUAUUACAAAUUAUUUGGGAGGUUUUCCUUGUAAAAAUGAAAGAAUUGAAAGUUUAUAUAAAAAAUUAGAAUUUGAGGUAAAAAUAUCUCCAUCAAAUAAGAAUGUUUCUUUAUUUAAAACUGUUAUGUCAUUAACAACAGCAUUAAAUGGAAUUAAUUGUUUAUCAUGUAAAUCAGGUAAAGAUCGUACCUCAAUGGCUGUAACAUUAGAAGAGGGAAGAUUAUUAAAAGAAACAUGUGGUGUUAAUGAUGAUCAAGUUUCUGAAAUGAUAGUAUGCCUAAGAAGAGAUGGUGUUAGAAGAGAAAAUUGUCGAAAAAAUGUUAGUAAACCAAUGUAUUCUUUUAGUUCAUUUCAAAUGCACUUUCUUCCACCUGAAUUUCGCCCACCAACGGGAACAUUUACCCAUGGUGUUUCAAGUUAA